AUGAGCAUAACUAGUGAACAAAGGAGUCGAGAGCAAAACUCCUGCUCCAAUGCCACAACAAAUGACCACGUCAAUGAUGAUUCGUCUGAUUUUGCUUUUGAUCAGACAAUACUUGAUGAUACCAACAAGAUAUUAAAAGAAUUGGAACGUAAAUUGUCUAUACUGUCAUCGACUUCGUCACAACAAACAAACACCUCAUCAGUCGUAUACAACAACCAAUACCUGGGCUUGGGUAAACAGAGGAUACAGAGUCAUGUGCUAAAUACAAUGAUUCACCAAGAUAAUUACAACAGUGAGUAUAGCGACCACGAAAAGAGUCAACGAAUACACAAUAGCAUUUUCAAUCCCAAUGAAUUAUUUCAAGAACGGAGUCAAUACACCAAAUUUACCAAAUUGGCACUGCAUUAUAAUGAUGAUAGUAUAGCUAAAAUUACCCACUUGUCCAAACGAAGGGAAAGGAAAGGUAGUAAUUCUGUCGUGAGGCAGAAUUCACUAAAUUUAACCAAGAAUAGACUAGAAAAAGGAUCACAAUUAUAUUCAUCAAAUUACGAUAACGAUAGACAGCAAAUUGAUGACUUUUUGGGAGAUGCGCAGGUGAAUGACAUAUAUGCAUCAGACGAGGAAGCAGACAAAGAGGAAGGAAUAGAUGAUGAUGGUGAUGACGACGACGAAGACGAAGAUGAAGAAUCAAGAUUGGACUUUUAUUACACUGCAAGCCAUGAUGGUGAUGACGAUGACGAUAAUGAUGAUUUUUUGGACACAUUUGACGACGGCGACGGAUCGGCAUAUCUGGAUGACGAAACCGAGGGAAAUAAGCGAAGGGGUCAUCACGAAUAUGAGGAAUAUGACGGUGAGCUUGACCAAGACCAAGAUGAUCUUAUAAUACCGCCUUCGCCACCUAGAUCUCCACCACGUGAUCUAGAUCCAAAUAAACUAUACGGACUUUACGACUUUUCGGGACCUGACCCUUCACAUUGUUCGUUAACACGUGACGAACCAGUGCAUUUACUCAACGAUGAAGAUAAUUAUUGGUGGUUGAUCAAAAAAUUAACCAAGGAGGAAAAAAUAGCCAGGUAUCAGCAAACAAAUGAUGCAUCAGUAGACAUUGAUCUGGACAGAGAGGAUGGCAAAAUUGGAUUUGUGCCUGCCGAGUGUCUAGAGACGCAUGGAGAACGAUUAGCACGAUUGAAUUGUCACAAGAAUGAAGAAAUGGAAAGGCUUGUAGAGAAUGAACUACAAUUGAUUGAUCGACAACCGAAAACAAAAAAGACAAUCAAGACAGUCGCAUUUGAAAACUUGGGUAAUCUUAUGGACAGUGACGACGAAGAGAAAGACGGUGAGGAGCAAUGCGACAAUCAACAGAGGAAUGGGCAUGGACACACCAGCAUCACAAGCUGUACUUUCACUACCAGCAAUGACGAGCAUGAUAUACGGAAAAUUCUUGAAUUAUACAAUGUUGAUUUAAACGAGUUGCAACCACCAUCACAAUUGCAAAUUCAAGAGCCUGAAACAUUGAGUGAUGUCUAUCCAAUGGAAGCGCCAUUGAUUAUAAAUAAACGAAGUAAUGGGGCAUCGCGGUGA